UUUCACGGGAUUUUUGAAUGUUCUGUACGAAUAAAUUCGGUAAUGAGUCGACGCAGUCAAAGAAUAAUUCAGAGAGAUACAGCUAUAACCAAAUGCAGAAACAUUCCUGGUUUUGAUGAAUCCACCCCGAUCCAAAACAAUACUAUAUGCAUUGAAACAUCUGCACAAUCGUAUGACGCCGAGCCAAAGAAGGAAAAGAAAAUAGAAUCGAGUGAAACCUAUGCACUGGUGAACGUUGCAACUGAUAUAUCGAACAAUGAUUCUGAUAUUACGCAUCCAGUAAAUGAAGCAGACAAUUCAUUCAUCGAAAAUCUUGAAACACAUCAGUCGAACUCAAAGCCUAAAAAGAAGAUAAAAUCAAAGUCACGUGACUUAUCGUAA